UGGCCCUGCCUCAAGCUGCCUCUGAGCCUGGUCCUGCAGCUCCGCCUCCUCCCAGACCUGGAUGCCCCUCCCAGCUCUGCCCCCUGUGGGUGAGCCCCCUCCCCGCUGACCCCUGGCCUCUGCCCAGUGUUCCCAGGACUGCAGCCUGAGGAGUUCCUGCUGGAUUCCAGCCCCGUCGCCAUGGGCAGCCCCGAGGGGCGCUUCCAUUUUGCCAUCGACCGCGGAGGCACCUUCACGGACGUCUUUGCCCAGUGCCCAGGGGGGCAUGUGCGGGUCCUGAAGCUGCUCUCAGAGGACCCUGCCAACUACGUGGAUGCCCCCACCGAGGAACCUAGACAGAACCAGGAGGUGCCCAUGCCCGAGAUGCUGUACGAAGAGGUGCUGGAGGUGGACGAACGAGUGGUGCUCUAUCGUGGGGAGCCAGGCUCCGGGACGCCUGUCAAAGGCUGCACGGGGGACCUGCUGGAGGUGCAGCGGCCUGUGGACCUGGGGGCCCUGCGCGGGAAGUUGGAGGGGCUCCUGGCCCGCGGCAUCCGCAGCCUGGCCGUGGUCCUCAUGCACUCCUACACGUGGGCCCAGCAUGAGCAGCAGGUGGGUGCGCUGGCCCGGGAGAUGGGCUUCACACACGUGUCGCUGUCCUCGGAGGCCAUGCCGAUGGUGCGCAUCGUGCCGAGGGGGCACACGGCCUGUGCCGACGCCUACCUCACCCCCGCCAUCCAGGACGCCUUCAGUGGUUCCCGCGCGGUGUUGUCCGGCCCCGCUGGGGGUGUGGUUGGAUACUCCGCCACUACCUACCAGGCCGAGGGGGGCCAGCCUGUCAUCGGCUUUGACAUGGGGGGCACAUCCACCGACCGGCCCCGCUGGGGAGGACCCCCUGCCCUGCCUCCCAACCCGCCUCCAAUUCCAGUUGUCCCUCCCCCAAGGUCCGGCCUGUUUGUGGUGGGGCCGGAGUCUGCAGGAGCCCACCCUGGCCCCGCCUGCUACCGUAAAGGGGGCCCCGUGACUGUGACGGAUGCUAAUCUGGUUCUGGGCCGCCUGCUGCCUGCCUCCUUUCCCUGCAUCUUUGGGCCGGGAGAGGACCAGCCUCUGUCUCCGGAGGCCUCCCGAAAGGCCCUGGAGGCUGUGGCCGCCGACAUCAACAGCUUCCUGAACAACGGGCCUUGCCCCGCCUCCCCACUGAGCCUAGAGGAGGUGGCUAUGGGGUUUGUGCGUGUGGCCAAUGAGGCCAUGUGCCGGCCCAUCCGUGCCCUCACGCAGGCACGAGGUCACGACCCCUCGGCACACGUGCUGGCCUGCUUUGGAGGAGCUGGCGGGCAGCAUGCCUGUGCCAUCGCCCGGGCCCUGGGCAUGGACACUGUGUACAUUCACAGGCACAGCGGGCUGCUGUCGGCACUGGGACUGGCGCUGGCCGACGUGGUGCACGAGGCCCAGGAGCCCUGCUCCCUGCCCUACGUGCCCGAGACCUUCAUGCAGCUGGACCAGAGGCUGAGCCGGCUGGAGGAGCAGUGCGGUCCCGCCUGUGCACCCUGCAGGUCCCAGAUCCGCACGGAGGGCUUCCUGCACCUGCGCUACCAGGGCACGGACUGCGCCCUGAUGGUGUCUGCCCACCAGCACCCGGCCACUGCCCGCUCUCCCCGCGCUGGCGACUUCGGGGCAGCGUUCGUGGAGAGGUACAUGAGGGAGUUUGGCUUCGUCAUCCCUGAGCGGUCGGUGGUGGUGGACGAUGUGCGGGUGAGGGGCACUGGCUGCAGCGGCCUUCGCCUGGAGGACGUCACCAAAGCCCAGAUGGGGCCCCCUCGGGUAGACAAGAUGACCCAGUGCUACUUUGAGGGGGGCUACCAGGAGACCCCCGUGUUCCUGCUGGGAGAGCUGGGCUACGGGCACAAGCUCCAGGGACCCUGCCUGAUUAUCGACAGCAACAGCACCAUCCUGGUGGAACCGGGCUGCCAGGCAGAGGUGACCGAGACUGGGGACAUCCGCAUCGCGGUGGGGGCUGAGACCUCCGGCACGGUGGGCGCCCAGCUUGACCCCAUCCAUCUGUCCAUCUUCUCACACCGCUUCAUGAGCAUUGCGGAGCAGAUGGGCCGCAUCCUGCAGCGCACGGCCAUCUCCACCAACAUCAAGGAGCGCCUGGACUUCUCCUGCGCCCUCUUCGGGCCUGACGGGGGCCUGGUCUCCAACGCUCCCCACAUCCCUGUGCACCUGGGCGCCAUGCAGGAGACCGUGCAGUUCCAGAUCCAGCACCUGGGGGCUGACCUGCACCCUGGGGACGUGCUGCUGAGCAACCAUCCCAGCGCUGGGGGCAGCCACCUGCCAGACCUGACGGUCAUCACCCCGGUGUUCUGGCCGGGUCAAACUCGACCUGUGUUCUACGUGGCCAGCCGCGGGCACCAUGCCGACAUUGGGGGCAUCACCCCAGGCUCCAUGCCCCCGCACUCCACCGCCCUGCAGCAGGAGGGUGCUGUCUUUCUGUCCUUUAAACUUGUCCAGGGAGGCGUGUUCCAGGAGGAGGCGGUCACCGAGGCCCUGCAGGCCCCAGGCAAGAUUCCCGGCUGCAGUGGGACUCGGAACCUGCACGACAAUCUGUCAGAUCUCCGGGCCCAGGUGGCAGCCAACCAGAAGGGCAUCCAGCUGGUGGGGGAGCUCAUCGGGCAGUACGGCCUGGAUGUGGUGCAGGCCUACAUGGGCCACAUUCAGGCCAACGCGGAGCUGGCCGUGCGGGACAUGCUUCGUGCCUUUGGGUCCUCGCGGCAGGCCCGGGGCCUGCCUCUGGAGGUGUCUGCCGAGGACCACAUGGACGAUGGCUCCCCCAUCAGACUCCGCGUGCAUAUCAACCUGAGUCAGGGCAGCGCGGUAUUUGACUUCAGCGGCACGGGGCCUGAAGUGUUUGGCAACCUCAACGCACCGCGGGCCAUCACGCUGUCCGCCCUCAUCUACUGCCUGCGCUGUCUGGUGGGCCGCGACAUCCCGCUCAAC